GUUCCGUCCGUGCAUCCUGGUGUGCUUGUUACCAGAAGGAAGGUGCGAAGGGCCGGACUACGAUACCACUACAGCGGAUUAAUAUAAAGCUUGCCCCUGUGGUAUCGUGCUCACCUUUCCCCAGAGAGAUACCACCUCAUUCAUUCCGGUGAUACGUCCAAUCUCCCUUUUCGUGGUUGCUUGUGAAGGCUGCCUCCUCUCAUCGUGAGAGCGUCUUAAGACCCCAACAACCCUUGUGUUUUACGGAAUCAACAUCUCCACGAUGUCGGCCAACGAUUAUGAGAAGGGCCAGUACCCCAUUGAGGGUUCGGAUACGUCAGGUCAUGGCGCGAAGAACGCUACCGGGCUUCAGAGCCAUGGUCAUGGAGAGGCUGCUGAUCUCUAUGGUGACGUUGCGACUGCCGAGCAGUACGGUUAUGUCGAGCGAGGUCUCAAGUCCCGUCACAUCCAGUUCAUUGCCCUAGGAGGUACAAUCGGUACCGGUCUGUUUCUGGGUAUCGGAACUGCUUUCGCCCGCGCUGGUCCCGUCUCUGUCCUCCUCGGUUACUCUAUCACUGGCUGCGCUGUAUUCGCGAUGAUGCAGUGUCUCGGUGAAAUGGCUACUUGGCUCCCUCUUCCCGGUGCGAUCCCGCAAUACUGUGCUCGCUAUGUCGACCCUGCGCUAGGCUUCGCGGUUGGAUGGAAUAACUGGUAUCAAUCCGCAAUCACACUUUGCGCUGAGAUCUCUGCUGCUGCUCUCGUCAUCUCGUUCUGGGAUCAAGAUCAGAAGUACAGUCCUGCCAUCUGGAUUUCGAUUAUCAUCGUCAUCAUCCUCGCCUUGAACAUCUUUGCUGUUUCGAUCUACGGUGAAGCGGAGUUUAUAUUCGCUUCAAUCAAGCUGCUCACGAUCAUGGGAUUGCUCAUCGCUGGUCUUGUUAUUAUGCUGGGUGGAGCUCCCGACCACGAUCGCCGAGGAUUCCGUUACUGGAAAGAGGGCGCGAUGAAAGAAUACGUAGGAACGGGCUCCACAGGUCGAUUUACUGGUCUUUGGUCCACUCUCGUUAACGCAGCGUUCUCGUACGGUGGUGUUGAAAUGGUUGCUGUCGCCGCCGGUGAAGCUGAGAACCCUCGCAAGAACAUUCCCAAGGCCGUGCGACGAGUGUUCUGGCGUAUUCUCUUCUUCUACGUCCUCGGUUCAUUUAUCAUCGGUGUGACCGUCAGCUCCAAUAACCCGGGACUCACUGCUGGCACCGGCGAUGGUCGCAGCUCCCCUUGGGUCAUUGCUAUCAACAGCGCUUCAAUCCCUGUCCUCCCGCACAUCAUCAACGCUGUCAUCCUGACUUCGGCAACUAGCUCUGGUAACGCUUUCCUUUACACUGGUUCGCGUUACUUGUUCGGUGUCGCCCAGAACGGCCAGGCUCCCAAAUUCCUCCUCAAGUGCUCCAAGUCUGGUGUACCGAUCUACUGCGUCUUCAUCACUGCUUCGAUCUCUCUGCUCACCUACAUGAGUGUCAGUACUGGAGCGAACGCCGUCUUUAAUUGGUUCCAGAACCUUACGACCAUUGCUCAACUUUUCACAUGGUGCUCCAUCUGCUACACCUACGUUCAGUUCCGUAAGGCACUUAUCGCACAAGGUGUAGACCGCAACACCUUGAUCUUCAAGAGCGUGUGGCAACCAUACACUGCCUGGGUCGCCUUCGUCUACUUCGGUCUGAUCAUCAUCUUCAACGGAUUCAGGGUCUUCACCGAGACACCAUGGGGAAGCGCUGAGCUCACCGACUUCUUCACGGCUUACAUAGGUUGCCCGAUCUUCCUCAUUCUGUUCGUUUUCUGGAAAUUAUUCAAACGCACGAAGAUGGUUAAGCCUGCCGAGGCGGAUAUCUGGAGUGGAAAGGCUGCUAUGGACGCAGAGGUCUGGCCCGAGCACAUUCCUACCACUUUUGUCGGGAAGUUCUGGGCGUGGUUGUGCUGAAAACGUUGUUGUUUCAGCAGAGUUGGAUGGAUGUCUUGACGAUUCCAGACAAUAUUCGUUAUAUUUUGUUUAUUGAGCAAGUUCGAUAUCCCUGAAUGCAAUUCGAUGAAUAUUUUAUCUUCAAUGACUCGCUCCUUCGCUAUUGAUGUCGCUUGAAUGCUUGAUUUUUUGUGGUUGUAUGCCUGAUCUCUUGUAACAUCUUCACAUGGCCAAGUUUGUUCGUGACAGGGACAAUG